AAGUGAUACGACAGGUGCUUACAAUGUGUCGUGACUUUUUUCUCGAUCAAACGCGGAACGUGUCUCAAUAAUGAACGUACACACAUGAUAUUCGAGGCUAAAGAUUGUUUAAUGAUUAAUGAGCACUCCCUGACUUUCUGUUCAAUAUUUUUACAAUUUUUAGCAGGCAAAGUCACCAUCCCAGUUUAAACUCUUGACUACUUGUUCUAUCAAUACUUUUACACUACAAUAGCGCAGAUGCUUUACAAGUAUCUUGUGAAAUGACAAAGAAUAGGGCUUGAUAUUCAGCCGAUGACGUCCUAAGCUGAUAUGUUAUAGCUUCGAAAUUUCCGCUCUGUGAUCGGUUUGAGACCGGCAUGGAGGAAAUACUUUCUGUCGAGCUUGCCACGAGAGUCAAGGCUCUUGUUUGGACUGAAACAGUUUUGUUCGCUGUUAUCAAUGUUGUGGCCCUCUUGAGCAAUCUUCUAACUUGUUACGCCGUGUACAGAAACCAAACCCUCCGCACACUUUCCAAUAUGUUUGUUAUAGCACUUGUUGUAAGCGAUAUUCUCAUGUCUACCUGGUGUAUGCCGUUUUCAAUUGUAACUCUGUUCCACGGUCAGUGGAUAUUUGGCGAGAUUUUUUGUCAAUUUCACGGUUUUGGAGCUUUCACGUUUGGACUGGCUUCUCUUCAGACUAUGGGAUUAAUUGCAGUUAGUCGAUAUUUCUGCGUUGUCAAACCAGAAAAGUACGCGGUGUUGUUCAAAAAACAAAGAGCUUUGCUGUAUAUUGCCGUUGUUUGGUGCGUGGCUUUCGCUGGAUCUGUUCCUCCAUUUUUCUUCAACAACGUCGGAUUUGAGUUUCAGCCGGGCAAAGCGAUGUGCUUGUACACAUUCGAAAGCAAUAUUGCUUAUACUGUCUUUAUAGAGUGCGUUUACGUCGCAGCACCCUUAACUAUAAUCACAAUUUGCUACACCAAAGUGUUCUACAAAGUAUCUAAGUCAAAUAAAGUUUUCUCACAUGAAAAUAAUCAUCAUCGACUCAGAGUGAACGUGGAAGAAGCAAAAGUGACCAAGACUUUAGCAGCAGUAAUGGUCGGUUUUACAUGUUGUUGGCUUCCUGUCUCUGUCAUGGAUAACAUUGACGCCGCGCGCGGGGAACACACUUUGCCGAGACAGGCGUACCUUACAUACGCGUUCUUGGCUUAUUUGAGUAGUACCAUCAACCCCUUAAUAUAUGGUGCCACGAAUAAGCAAUUUAGACGAGAGUACAAGGUUAUUCUGCGUAACAUUCUUUGCAUCCGACGUAAAGAUAACAAGAGCGCCGUGCAAGAGCUGGCAAGACAAAUUAUCUUUCAAAGUAAAGAAUUGAACCUUGUUCAAUUGAAUGUCACAGUCCAAGAUCUUAAACGACUUUCUGAAUGAGGAAGGAAAAAUGCCUUCGGAACUGAUGAAGUGUUAAUGAUUCUGAGAAGUAACAAGUGUAAACGCUUCCUAAACUGAAAUAAAAUAAAAAAUCACGUGUUACACAAAUUACUUGAAAAUCCAACUUAAAUGCAUUUCUAUAUAACACACAAUAUUUGCGUUCCUCGGAUAACUAAUGUGCUGAUUAUUAAAAAUCUUGACUGUUGCAUUAACGCGGUUUGCAUUUGAAUGGCGAAAAUUAAUUGCUCUUG